AUGGUCACAUUCGUGGUGACUGUGACACAGAAUGAUCGUGCUGUGUGUGCUCUCUGCUGCGAGGAUGUCGUGUGCCGCACAUCGAGUGUUAAAAGACACUUUGAAACAAAACACGAGAAGACUUUCAAGGACUGUUCAGACAAGGCUGAGGCGAUUAAUAAAGCAGUAUCCCGUUACGCGAAUCAAAUCAGUGUUUUUAAGAAACCGAGUGCCAGCAAAAUCAAUGUAACUGAGGCCAGCUACAAACUCGCUUUGUGUAUUGCUAAGAAUGGUAAACCUUUUACUGAUGGAGAUCUUAUAAAAGCAGCUUUCCUAGAGUGCUCUGAGGUGUUAUUUGAUGGUUUAUCAAACAAGCACAUGAUCAUCUCAAGGAUAAAAGACCUACCUGUUUCAGCAAGGACCGUGGAAAGACGUAUUUCUGAAAUGGCUGCUAAUGUAAGUGAGCAGCAAACUGUUGCCAUAACAACUACACCCGUGUUCAGUGUGGCUCUGGGUGAAAGCGUGGAUGUCAGUGGCAUUCCCCGCUUGGCUGUUUUUGCCAGGUAUAGUGACGCAGAAAUACACGAGGAGCUGUGUUAUCUUAAACCUGUGUAUGGCACUACCAAGGGAGAGGACAUACUGAAGACAUUCAUUGACCAUUUUGAGGACAGAGGGGUUGACAUAAGAAAGAUUUUUGCUGUUACAACGGAUGGUGCCCAUGUUAUGAUAGGAAAAAACAAGGGUUUUACCAAGAUGAUUGAGGAUAAAAUCGGGCAUCCCAUUCUUAAACUGCACUGCAUAAUUCACCAAGAAAGUGUAUGGGACAAGAUCUCGAGCUCUGAUCUCAACAAGGUGAUGGCUACUGUUGCAAAAGUAGUGAAUUUUCUUGUUGUUCACUCUCCUCUUACGCACAGGCAACUUCAAGCUUUCCUUCAAGAGGUGGACAGUGUUUAUAGAGAUAUACCUUUGCACAGCAGAGUCAAGUGGUUAAGCUGUGGGAAGGUAUUGGCAAGAUUUGUGGAAUGUUUUGAUGAAAUCAAGAUUUUCUUAUCGGAAAAAGGCCAAGACUAUCCUGAGCUGGAGGACAGAGAUUGGACAGUGAAACUUAUGUUCCUCUCAGAUAUCACCAAACAUCUACAUGACUUCAGUCUUCUAUUGCAAGAUGCAGGGAAAACAGUGAUACAUUUGUACGAUACUUGGAAGGCUUUUGUCGCAAAGCUUGCAGUUUACUCCUCAGAUAUUAAAACCGGUUCCUUCCGUUACUUCAAGAACUUGAAGAACUUCUCUGCAGUUCAUCCUGUCAACACUACUGAUCUUCAGCUGUACAUGCAAGAAUUAAAUUCUGAAUUUACAUUCAGAUUUCAAGAGUUCCAACACAUCGGCCCUUGGGCCUCAUCAUUGUGGUCAGCUAAAUUUAAAGAUCUUCGAGAAAUACUGGAAACUAAUGCGAACGACCAUGCUGCGUCCAUAUUAAGUUGCUGGACAUCACUGCCUGAUAAAUUCAAUUGCAUGAAGAGAGUAGCUUUUGCUUUGCUAUCAGCAUUUGGAUCUACAUAUCAAUGUGAACAGAUCCUGUCUCACACGAAGCACAUCCCUAACCCCCAUCGCAGGAAGCUUACAACGGAUCACUAUGAAGGUUGUGUGAAGCUCAAGAUGUCCAGAUAUUCACCCGAUAUUUCAACUUUGGCCGAAGAGAAGCAAGGGCUAUAUACUGUUGAACAAAUAACACCUGACAUGCAAGGUAGUAAAACAAUGACAUUAAUUAUAAACUGGCACACUAUGUUCAAAAGGUCACCAACCCCAUGUGCAGAUAUUAGUACUAAUCGAAAUGAAGCUUUUGUUUACCGUGACUCAGCAUUCUGCAGCAUAAUGUCCUUCCUGGAUGAAUACGGAGCUGUGUACUACCAGUCCUUCAAAAGCACUUUGGGGCCUUACGUGCUGUCAGUUUAUCAGAAGCCCAAGAAAUCUAACUUCGUGGCAUAUACCUUACAGAAAAGGUUUAACUAG